GUCUCCUCAGGUCACCUAGGCAGUGGCUUCAAAGUUGGCACGCCGUGGGUCUCCAUUCCAAGGUUGGCACUCACUGUUGGCUGUUCAAACCAUAGUCCGAGGCAUCUGGAAGGGCAGACCUUUUAUUACGCAACAUGUUUCUUUCUUUGAGUCCACUGCACACUUAUAUGGUCUCGCUGUUGACUGCAUUCAAGCCUCUAUGGAAUGACUAUGUCUUCGUCAGAGCACUUUUCCAGUCACCUUGAGCGGUGACAGACUUCAACUUGACUGCCACUACUAAUACAAUGUCCCCUGGAAGUCAGAAAAGAACCACCGCUUAAAAGGCGGUCUGCAACUGAGUCGCCUCUAACCUUUGCGAUCCAGGUUUAUACUAAAUGGACUCCAGCUUAUUUGAGGAGUGAUAUUGACAUUACACGGAAAUACCACCAUCCUUACUAAGAACUUGAUAUUCGACAAAAUGAUACAGCCACCAAGACUUCUCUUUCUUCUCAUACUGGCAUGGAUCAAGGCCGCCCAUGCCACCACAGUCACCAGACACUGCGAGUGCCAAUCUCCUCUGAGCAAAUUAGAGAACCUUUCCGGCUCUGAUAUCGACGACUUACUCGGCGGCAAGAUGAAGUGGCCGAUGGACAACUCUACCACCGCCGCUUGCUGCAAGGAGAUGAAUCCUCCUGGCAAAAUAAACGGACCUGGUGAUCCAUUCGAGGUACGGCACAUGCUUUCUCUUUCCUACCCUUUGCAUAGGAGCUUUUCUGACUUGGCUGUUUCCGAGAACAUCUGUUCAGUGCAGAAGGACGUCAUGGGCGGCACAAACAACGCAGCAUACCAGUUCUUGAUAUGCUGUUACACCAGGAUGAACAUGCUUGGGGACUGCUACGACUGAGAUGCGAGAUGCGUAUGUUUUGCGGAUGCCCGGUGCGGGCAUUUAGAGCCGGGGACUUCUAGGGGAAAUGAAUUUCGAUGAUAGGUAAUUCAAAGACCAUACAAUUUAAUAUGAAUUUAUGAG